CAGUUGCAAACGCGCACCGACAUUCGUGUGGAAAUAAGUUAGCAAUGGAGAAAAAUAUUGCAAACACUAAUGAAGGUUACUAUGGGGAGCCUGCUGACCAGCAUAUUACAUCCCGGUCAUCAAACCAAGGCCAGGUGCCUAGCGGGUUUUAUGCAGUGGGUCAACAUGCUGGAAGCCAAACGCCGAUACAGAUGCAAGCUUUGGAUCCAGCACCUCAAGGAAUUGUACAGUAUGUGAUGCAGCCGGUUCAACAAGGUUAUGGCUCCAAUACAGUACAUUAUCAUGUCCCUGGUAACCAGUACAUGGUACGAGAUUCAUUUAGCCCUAUGCCUACCGAUGAAGACGAUGAUGGGCCGACAAUCAUACCAUCUUUAGCAGGUAUAAUUUUCAAGCGUAUAGUCUCCGCACUUUUCAUUCUUCUAGAUGUUUGCUUAAAUUGGUUGCAAUUCGCCUCGUGGGUUGGAAAUUUUGAAUUGCCAGCCUGGUUGAUUGUGCUUGAAACAGUAAAUAGUCUGAAAGGGAAAUCGCCGUGGAAGUCUCAAUGCAGUGAAGGGUCCGUUGACCUUACAUCAAUCUAUGGGGCCUUUGUUGGCAUAGGAACCGCCUACGCGUGCUUGAAAAUAGUUAACAUGAUCGGUGAAACACUCUUAGAAUACCAACUGCGAGAUAAGAGUGAAAAAGAGCCUGCUUGCAGGGGGUUUCAGUUGCUUCAUGGUUGGAUAGAAACAGUGCUAGGUGUUCUUUGUGACGACCUGCCUCAG